ACUGGACGGCCCGGGUCCAUUUCCGGGCUCCGGAUAUUUGGUAUCAAUCGGGGCUGGGGGCGCGGGAGCAGGUGGCUGCGGUGGGGUAGCUGGGCCGCCAGCCUGGGGCGCCGGGACGGGUCUCCCGCCGCCUUUGUCGCCAGCCCUUCCGCGGCGGCCGCUCCUCCCCCAGGUCGGCGCGCACUGCCGGCCGGACUUCGCGCCGCGUCGGGCGCUGCUGCUGCGCGCGGGGCCGCGCUCGGGGCCGGCGGCGGCGGGGAAGCGGGCGGCGAGAGGCGGCCGGGACCCCGGCCCAACAUGGCUGAAGUCACCAUCGACCAGUCCAAGCUGCCCGGAGUCAAGGAAGUGUGCCGAGAUUUUGCUGUCUUAGAGGACCACACCCUGGCCCACAGCCUACAGGAACAAGAGAUCGAGCAUCAUUUGGCAUCGAACAUUCAGCGGAACCGUUUGGUCCAACAUGAUCUCCAGGUGGCUAAGCAGCUUCAGGAGGAAGAUCUGAAAGCUCAGGCUCAGCUCCAGAAGCGCUACAAAGACCUUGAACAACAAGACUGUGAAAUUGCUCAGGAAAUCCAGGAGAAGCUGGCUAUUGAGGCAGAGAGACGACGCAUUCAGGAGAAGAAGGAUGAGGACAUAGCUCGCCUUUUGCAAGAAAAGGAGUUACAGGAAGAGAAAAAACGAAAGAAACACUUUCCAGAGCCCUCUGGAUCCAGUGCUUGUGGAGAUAGUUACUAUUAUGAAAAUGGAGACCAGCCACAGUCAAGGAGGGCAAGGGAAUUGGGUUCUGGAGUCUCAAGGUCAUGUAGACUCCAAAGUGAUGGAAACCAUGUGAAGCAAAGGAACAAGAAACCCAAACAUCCAAUGGAGAACUUGGAAGAACUAGAAGAUCAUUGUUCAUCAGGGAGAUUUCUCUCAUCCUAUAGCUUGGGCAAAGUGAGGGCCAACUCCCAAAUUGACACUGAGCAGCGUGAAAGGAAACGGUCUGAUCAUGAGAGACUUCGGAGACCUCCGCUUCCCAAGAUCAGUGGUGAGGUGUUUCUGAGCACUGGAUUUGAUGAUGGGGAGGCUAACAGUAUCCAUCGAACUUGGAAUUGGGAAAAACAGUCCAGACACCAAGACCAACUUUCACCCAAGUCUUCACAGAAAGCAGGGCUUCAUUGCAAGGAAGCUGUAUAUGGGAGGGACCAUGGGCAAGGUGAGCACAGAGAAAGGAGACACAGGCCCAGGACUCCUCCCUUCUCAGAGAGUGAGGAACAGCUCCAGCUCCAUGACACAGGAAUGAAGCCAAGAGGGAUGAAAGAAGCUGUCUCUACUCCAUCACAAGUGGCCCACAGAGAUCAAGAAUGGUAUGAUGCUGAAAUUGCCAGAAAACUGCAAGAGGAGGAAAUUUUGGCUACCCAGGUGGACGUGAGAGCAGCUCAAGUAGCGCAGGAUGAGGAAAUCGCUAGACUUCUCAUGGCUGAAGAAAAGAAAGCUUACAAGAAGGCCAAGGAGCGGGAGAAAUCGUCUUUGGACAAAAGGAAGCAUGACCCUGACUGGAAGCCAAAAACAACUAAAUCGGCACACUCAAAGUCAAAAGAGAGUGAUGACCCUCACCGUUCUAAGAAUGACAGGCCAGCACGGCCACCACCACCUACCAUGACAGAGGCUGAAGAUUUGGAUUACACUCAUUUUACAAACCAUAAUUCCACACGUCAUUUCUCAAAAUCAGAAUCCUCCCAUAAAGGUUUCCAUCAUAAGCAGUAAAACCCUAGGAAUCUGCCUUGAGAACGGACUCACUGUAGCAAUCAUUACUGGAUGAUACAGAAUGUGUUCCACACUCAUUUUUUUCCCUCCUGUAUUUGUAUUCCUGGGAUUUAUCUUCAAGUGUUCUGCUGGCCGUAAAUAAUUUUAAUUCAUUGAAAAUGUUUUGGUUAUUCCUGAUCACUUGGGCAGUACAAGAAAAUCUAGCUUCUGAAUACUGGCCACCUCUCUGCUGCAUAUGCUUCCUGGGAUAUAGUAUCUAAAAGCUCUGUAAAAUGUCAUUUUUGUUAGGUGUGGAGUACUGGUAUCUAGAGACUAGGCUUUAUUUAGCCGUUAGAAUUUUGUGGAGAUUAUGAUCAGAGUAAAACAAUGUUUGGAUGCAAUACAGAAUAAAAGAAUAUAAGAAAUAGCUUUUUUUCGUGCAUUAGUGUAUGGUAUAUUGAAGGAUCUUUUGCUUUUUGUAUUCAAGAAAAUAAAAAAAAUCACAACCAUAAAGUAUUAAAACAAACAAACAAAACCUGGAACAGCUGGAACAUGUUAUUUUGACCACCAGGACUAGCAGUUUUGCAUAUCCUUAUAAGCUCUCCUGGGAGAAUUGGCCCAGAUGUCAUUCUCUGACACUUUCUUUGCUUCUGCUGAACAGCAAAUCUUUUGGAGGCCUCUGGGCACUGGGCUAUUUAUUAGUAUUUAUUGGCAAAAGUUUAAUUCUAUGAACUAUUAACUCAGGUCUGUGCAAAGUCAACUGAAAGUGAAAAAGUGAAAAACUGUACCCCUUCUCUUCUAUUACAUUUACAUAUAGAGCCCAGGGAAGUGGAAUCGGAAGGAUGUUUAUAUAAGUGAUAAUGCCAGCAUUCUCUCUGGACAUAGAUAAGUUUUCCUCUUACUUAAAAAACAGUGGUAUUUGUUGGCAGCCACUCAAAAAAUAUUUUAUCUGUCUGUCAGUAAUCAGAUUAAUUCAACAUGAAGUUGAAGUAGAGAAAAUGGUUCUUCACCCGGGUAUUGGCUUUACAAUAUUCGUUAGUGAUACAUGGCAUUGGAUUCCUUUGUACAGGACCUUUAAAGCCCUCUUUGAGAAAUCUAGUCUCUGUCCAGCCCUUAACCUUGUGGAAAUGCUUAUUUUCCCAUACUUGUUAGUUAACAUAAAUGGCAGUCACACUACACAUAUAUAAAAAUGUCCCUUCGGCUUGACUUUCCAUUAUUUUUCAUUGUAUAAAUUUGAUGUUUUUGACAUUCCAGUGUAGUGUUUGUUUAGGAAAGAGAUACGCAGAUGACUAGAGAAAAAGGUUGUUAAUCCAUUCUUUUCCCACUGGGAACUGCCUAUUGUUUGCCUUAUCUUUCGGGAUAGUCUUUCAAGUCAGGCAAUAUUCAGGAAGCUAUUUAGAAUAGUUUCUCAGAGUGGAUUUGGGUCCUUUCAUUUUGAGAAAGAUCUUUAGUUCAUAACAUUUUUGGAUUGCAGAAACUUGGGUGAAAGGUUGCUAAGAGUCAAGUUUUAGGGAAAUGAUAAUAUAGAAAGAAAGAAACCCUAAAAGAUGAGUCAUUUUCAAGAAAUGGGGAAAGAGAAAAACAAACAGGACUUUGAAUGACCCUGAUGACAUGAAUGAAGCAGAGUUAAGUAGGCAAGGGCUGAUGAGAUGGAGGUCCUAGCCUUAGUCACAUUCUAUAGGGUGCUUUCAGUAUCCAAAACUUAGGCCUUGUUGACUUCUAUUAAUGCUAUGUUUUUCUUUGUCUGCCCUGUGAUUUUGCUUCAUGUUUUAAAAAGUUUUUUUGUGGUAACUUUAAAGAAAACACAAUGUAUUUUUCUUUUGAUAGGCAAAUGGGCAACAUCAUUUGCCAUAUUUUUAUUUCAUAAAUGUUUAUUUUUCUAUCUCAUGCGGUGAUCAGAUUUACUUUAAAAAUUCUGCAUUUGUCUUGCUUCUCAUGUACUUUAUCCAAUCAUAUUUAUUACUGUAAAACGCUAUCUGGAGGUAUUUUCAUUCAAAAAAAUGUGAGGCCACUUAACAUUUAAGCCUUGGAUGUUAGUGUUUCAGCUGUCUUAGUGAGCGGCCAGAGGUGAUGUAGUUCCCUGUGACACCCAAUUCAACAUCUGUAUUGAAAAUUUGUUACUUUUUUUUUUUAGGUUUUUAAAAAAUUAGAAUUUUAAAAUAUUUUUAUUUUUUUUUGUAAAGCAAACACUUUUUAAAGAGUAUCAGAGUAAUUCUUUUCUGCUUCUUAGUUAAAUCCUCCAAUUCUCAUUCAAAUAUUAUAAUUAUUAUCUUUAAGACUAUAGAAGUAACUAACAACUAUAUUAAAAGGAACUGCCAAACAUUCUUCACUGUGUUCUCUGCUUUUCACUUGGUUGUAUUUCUAUAAAUGUGGGAACGUUUUGUUCCUCUUUCCACCACUGGACCACACACAAUUUAAUUUUUAGACCCACAAUGUAUUAUGCUUUAAUGUUGUGAUGUAAACUAAUAUGCUGGCCUUGGCAAUCUUUCUGUACUUCUUUCUCUGGAGGCCCCAUUAACACUAGUAUUGCUGAAUGAGCACAGUAUGUUUUGAGCCUUAUCAUAAGGCUUCUGGAUGUGUACACCCUCUUCCCCCAACCUAACUUUUUGUAAUUCAUUGCUUGGAAGCAAGGUCCGACAAGGGUCAGAUUAAAUGUUCUGAGUUGAAAAAAAUUUGUAGUGUGAAACCAUUGUUAGACAUAAUUAUUUUGCAGGAGACUGGACAGUUGCUACAUAUGCUUUGAAAGAACAUUGAGAUUUUUAGAAAGUGACUUUGCAUACCUUUGAAUUACUUUUUCUCGAGUGACUUUACAACAACCAGCAACAGACUAACGAACUUCAAAAAAGGCUUAGGUUUUUGAUCAUAGAGAAACAUCUAAAUUAGAAAAGAAAAUAUGGAUAGAUGUUUCCCAGGAGGAAAACCUUUUCACAUUUGCAGCGGCCACUUGGAUCUCCAUCAACAUUUUCCAAGGUGACCUUGGGCCUUGUGUUCCACUGAACUCACUCUAGAAAAUUGUGAACCGGACCCGUUUUCCCCUUUCCUUCUCUACUAUGGUCUGCAGCCGAACUGGAUGGUGAAUAAAGUCAUUGCUGACUCUGUCCACACAUUUCCAUUGAUGUCAGGACUUUUCAGUAUAAAUAUAAUUAACUUUUAAUGGAUAAUUAUUUUCUUCAAUACUGUCAGAUAUUCUCUAAUUUUUGUCUUGUGCCAAAUUGUUCUUUGGAAACACCUGCUAUAUAAUAUGGUGCAUUCAGUUUACCACAUCAGUGGUUAACAUUUUAGGGCCUUGAUUUUUAAUGGGUGUUGCCUUUGUAUAAAAAUCACUUUGGGGAAUAUCAGGAUUAGUCAUUUAUUCAAUGAUGGUUUUCUUGAAAGAUAACUGGUGACUGGAUGUAAGAGCUUCCCUCUAAAUAAGGGGAGUGAGACCCCUGUGUAAUCAGCUUUCCGAGGGACUGAGAACAGAAUAGAACUUGCACUGAAAGGCUUUUUUUCCCUUUUGGGGAAACAGUAUUUGUGUGAAAGGAACACCGUUCAGGUAGAUUUCACUGCAGGUAGUGUGCUAUAUUCUCAUAAUGCAGGCUUUUUAGAAACAAUCGUAAAAUAACCAAAACCUGUUCUUUCAGCCAAAAGGAAAAAACAGAUUUUUAAAGUACUUUGUCCCUUACUUACUGCUCAUAGUCAGAGAAGCGACUAGAUAAAGUGGUCCCAUUUUCUCCUCAUAUCUGGUGGUGCCUGUGAGUCUUAAAGCCAUAACUGCUUAUCUUACUGUUGAUAGAAUCCUGUUUUUCUCCUUUAGCUUAUAACAGGGAAUGUGGUCAGGGAGGAGCGAACUGGAGACUGUUCUGAUAAUGCUGCACGGGGCACAGUGUCAUCCAGAUUCCUGGUCAGAGAAUCUCAUUUAUCUCUGAUGAUACUUAGGAUUAUUAAAGGGGAGAGUCAAGGCUGUUGUUGCUCCUGACAUUUAAUUGUUGUUAGAAAUGCUGCAGUUUUCUUCCAGACAGGUCAAAAAGGAAGGGGUAAACUGGGAAAAUUUUACUUCUUACAGAGUCACUCUUCUGAUGAGGCUUGCACUUUUUGCCAGCAGUGUCUCGAGGAGCAGUAUUGCCUUAAAUUAGUUUGAUUCUGACCGAGUUAGUGUACUGUACUUCCUAUAUGUGAAUGACCGUCAACUCUCCAUUGAGAUACACAAUUCACAGGUGAUCCGCAAACAUCCUUGCCAUCAGAAACUCUGGAUUCCCUCCCACUGAGCUAUGGGUGACCUAUACACUGAUAGAUACAUCAUUUCAUUGAGUUGCCUCUCAGUCUGUGAACGAGCAGUGGCAUGGCCAAAACAGGCUGGCGGAAGGAGAGUGAGAAUUCCCUUGCCAGAUGCUCCUGGUUAUCACUUCCUGAAUAGAGAGUUGACUGUCUUUCUGUUCAAAGUGACCAUGUAGAAGAUACUUCCAAAGGCUGUAUUGUGUAGCAAAGUCAAUUAUUAUUGUUUUGUGAGGAUUUCACCAACCCUCUUGUGUUUUUAAAUGCAUACCAUUGACAAAAAAAAAAAAAAAAGAAAAGAAAACCAAAC